GGGGGAGUGAAAGAGAGAAAGGGAGCUGGGGUACUCUUCAGAGAACGGAAUCUACAUGCAUGGUGAUCUCCGGCUCUGUGGGUGAUCCUCAGUCACCAUGAAAGACUAGGAACUCAGCUCUCCAAGGGAAAUGGCUUGUUUUGUAAUAUCCCUGCUGCCCUGCUACCUGGUGUAUGACUCCAGCUGCCUGUGAAGGGCCUGUCAACUGUUUAUGGGAACUACUACUGUGUAUGCACUCUUGAGGAUUUAAGCUUUUCCAACUCUUUUUUUUUUUUCCUUUUUUUUUUUUUUUACCCCUGCUGUCAAGCCAUAGCAACAACGCUUUGCAAUAGAGUGGGGAGGCGGUGAGACAAUGGCAAACAACUCAUACAGCGGGGUGAAGAACUCCAUGGUGGAGGCCAACCAUGAUGGAGAGUUUGGCUGCACGCUCAAAGAACUGCGCUCCCUUAUGGAACUGAGGGGUGCUGAGGCAAUAAACAAAAUUGGAGAAUCUUAUGGGGAUAUUCAAGGAUUCUGCCAGCGAUUAAAAACUUCACCUAUAGAGGGUCUAAAUGGACAGCCUGCAGACAUCGAGAAGCGGAAAACAGUGUUUGGGCAAAAUUUUAUACCACCCAAAAAGCCCAAAACUUUCUUACAGUUAGUGUGGGAGGCGCUACAGGAUGUCACACUGAUUAUCCUAGAAGUGGCAGCCAUAGUUUCACUAGGCCUUUCUUUUUAUAAACCUCCAGAUGCCAAAAGAGACAACUGCGGAAGGGCUGCUGGAGGCGUGGAUGAUGAAAACGAGGCAGAAGCAGGUUGGAUCGAGGGAGCCGCAAUUCUUCUGUCAGUCAUCUGCGUGGUGCUGGUGACGGCAUUCAAUGACUGGAGUAAAGAGAAGCAGUUUAGGGGCCUCCAAAGCCGCAUUGAGCAGGAGCAGAAAUUCACUGUCGUCCGUGGAGGACAAGUUAUCCAAAUUCCUGUGGCUGAGAUCGUGGUCGGCGACAUUGCACAAAUAAAAUAUGGUGACCUUUUGCCUGCUGAUGGAGUCCUCAUCCAAGGAAACGACCUGAAGAUCGAUGAGAGCUCGCUCACAGGGGAGUCGGACCAUGUCAAGAAAACACAAGAAAAAGAUCCGAUGCUGUUAUCAGGCACCCAUGUAAUGGAAGGCUCAGGGAAAAUGGUGGUCACUGCUGUUGGUGUCAACUCUCAAACUGGAAUUAUCUUCACUUUACUCGGGGGCGGUGAGGAUGAUGACGACGAAGAAGAGGAAAAGAAAAAGGAGAAGGAGGAGAAGAAGAAACAAAGAAAAAACAAAAAGCAGGAUGGAUCUGUGGAAAAUCGUAAGAAAGCUAAAGCACAGGAUGGUGCUGCAAUGGAAAUGCAGCCUCUGAACAGUGAUGAAGGAGCUGAUGCAGAGGAGAAGAAGAAAGCCAACCUCCCAAAGAAAGAGAAGUCUGUUCUCCAGGGCAAACUGACCAAACUAGCUGUACAGAUUGGCAAAGCAGGACUGGUUAUGUCAGCCAUCACUGUUAUUAUCCUGGUGGUGCUGUUUGUAGUAGACACCUUCUGGAUCCAGAAUCUACCCUGGGACAAGGACUGCACACCCAUUUACAUUCAGUUCUUUGUGAAAUUCUUCAUCAUUGGCGUCACUGUUCUGGUGGUGGCUGUUCCUGAAGGCCUGCCGCUUGCUGUAACAAUCUCCCUGGCAUAUUCCGUUAAGAAAAUGAUGAAAGACAACAACCUGGUACGUCACUUGGACGCCUGUGAGACCAUGGGCAAUGCUACCGCUAUCUGCUCAGACAAGACUGGUACCCUCACGAUGAACCGCAUGACCGUGGUGCAGGCCUACCUCGCUGAGAAGCACCACAAGAAAGUCCCUGAGCCAGAGAACAUCCCCUCCUCCAUUUUAGACAUCUUGAUUCUAGGCAUCGCAGUCAACUGUGCAUAUACCACAAAGAUCAUGCCUCCAGAGAAAGAAGGGGGCCUGCCACGGCAGGUGGGUAACAAGACCGAAUGUGCCUUGCUUGGCUUUGCUACUGACCUGAAGCGUGACUACCAGGCUAUCCGGAACGAGAUCCCCGAGGAAAAAUUAUACAAAGUGUACACCUUCAACUCAGUCCGCAAGUCUAUGAGCACUGUGUUGAAGAUGGCUGAUGGCAGCUACCGUAUGUUCAGCAAAGGAGCCUCAGAAAUUCUCUUAAAAAAGUGCUAUAAAAUCCUGACGGCAAACGGUGAGUCCAAGGUGUUCCGCCCACGGGACAGAGAUGACAUGGUUAAGAAAGUGAUCGAGCCCAUGGCCUCCGAGGGCCUGAGGACCAUCUGCCUUGGAUACAGAGAUUUCCCUGCCUCCGAGGGUGAGCCUGACUGGGACAACGAAAAUGACAUCCUCUCUGGACUGACCUGCGUCUGCGUGGUGGGCAUUGAAGACCCUGUGAGACCUGAGGUCCCAGACGCUAUCAGGAAAUGCCAACGCGCUGGCAUCACAGUACGAAUGGUGACUGGGGACAACAUUAAUACAGCUCGAGCCAUCGCCACCAAGUGUGGCAUCCUCCUGCCUGGAGACGACUUCCUGUGCCUGGAGGGCAAAGAGUUCAACCGAAGGAUACGCAAUGAAAAAGGAGAGAUUGAACAAGAGCGCAUUGACAAGAUCUGGCCCAAACUACGAGUACUGGCUCGCUCGUCACCCACAGACAAACACACGCUAGUGAAAGGUAUUAUUGACAGCACCGUGAUAGAACAGAGACAAGUAGUGGCAGUGACAGGAGACGGUACAAAUGAUGGUCCUGCCUUGAAGAAAGCCGAUGUUGGCUUUGCCAUGGGUAUUGCUGGCACAGAUGUAGCCAAGGAAGCGUCUGACAUCAUUCUGACUGACGACAACUUUUCCAGCAUCGUCAAAGCCGUCAUGUGGGGACGCAACGUCUACGACAGCAUCUCCAAGUUCCUCCAGUUUCAGCUAACUGUCAAUGUGGUAGCUGUCAUCGUAGCAUUUACAGGAGCCUGCAUCACACAGGACUCUCCACUGAAAGCAGUACAGAUGUUAUGGGUCAACUUGAUCAUGGACACCUUUGCAUCACUAGCUCUGGCCACAGAGCCCCCCACAGAAGCCCUGCUGCUAAGGAAGCCAUAUGGCCGCAACAAGCCUCUCAUCUCCCGCACUAUGAUGAAGAACAUCCUCGGUCAGGGAGUGUACCAGCUAAUCAUCAUCUUUUCUCUGCUCUUUGCUGGUGAGAAAAUAUUUGAUAUUGACAGCGGCAGGAACGCACCCCUCCACGCCCCACCCUCUGAACACUACACAAUUGUCUUCAAUACCUUUGUAAUGAUGCAGCUUUUCAAUGAGAUCAAUGCCCGCAAGAUCCACGGAGAAAGGAAUGUCUUUGAUGGCAUCUUCAACAACCUCAUCUUCUGUAGUAUUGUCUUUGGUACCUUCAUUAUCCAGAUUGUCAUAGUGCAGUUUGGAGGGAAGCCAUUCAGCUGCGUGGCUCUGACCAUCGACCAGUGGCUGUGGUGCACUUUCUUAGGCUUUGGCUCUCUACUAUGGGGACAGGUAAUCUCUACAAUACCCACCAGCCGCUUAAAAUUCUUGAAAACAGCGGGCCACGGCACCCAGAAGGAGGAGAUUCCUGACGAGGAGCUGGAGGAGCUGGAGGACAUGGAUGAGAUCGACCAUGCUGAACGGGAGCUUCGCCGAGGCCAGAUCCUCUGGUUCCGAGGCCUCAAUCGCAUCCAGACUCAGAUGGAUGUAGUGAGUGCGUUCCAGAGUGGAACUUCCUUUCAGGGGGCUCUAAGGCGGCAGGCCUCCAACUCCAGCCAACAACAGCACGAUAUCCGGGUGGUGAAUGCAUUCCGCAGCUCCAUCUCCCUCUAUGAGGGGCUGGAGAAGCCUGAGUCGCGAACAUCGAUCCACAACUUCAUGACCCACCCUGAAUUUCGGAUAGAGGACUCUGAGCCCCAUAUUCCCCUCAUAGACGACACCGACGCAGAGGACGACGCUCCCACCAAGCGCAACUCCGCCAGCCCCCGCAACACCACGCCCACGCCGCCCUCACCCUCGCCUGCCACCACCGUCGCCCCCACCACGCCGGUCUCCCCCUCCCCAAACCAGAACAAUAACGCUGUGGAGAGCAGUAACCACCUCCUCCCAGAGGCUCCCAAAUCAGGAACCCCCUCGGCCCCGGGGAGCCCCCUACACAGCCUGGAGACCUCCCUUUGAUCUGACCCCCUGCGCUCCACACGUUACCACCACUUUUCUACCCACCCACCAAGGAGCUCAACUCAGACAAAAUGAACGAACACUUGGAGAAGAGAGACGAAGGGCUAGAAGGAGAGCAGAGUCACGUGUGAGCUUGGCUUGGGCUGGACUAAAAGAACAGCAAACAUUCAGAGGAAUGUACGGCUUGGUGUGGAUGCUUUGGUCUUCUUUUAUUUUUGGUUCUUAUUAAUACCCCACUACAACACAAGGACUCCACCCCUCCCUCCUUGGUAACUUUUGUUUUUCUCGGUAAACAAGGGGUGAUUAUAAACUCAGAUUGAAAGUGACCUGUUUUUAUUAUUCUAUUAUAUUAUUAUUAUUAUUAAUAUUAUUUGAAUUGAGAAGGGGAGGUCUUCCUCCUGGCUUGAAGAUCGAUGAAAGAACCUUUAGCUUCUCUUUUAUCUGAAUGGUGUUGUAUAUUUAUCUCUUUGGCCCUUGCUCAUUCAAAACUUAUUUCUGCUCCAUUGGCUGUUAAUAUUUUGAGUUAUUUAUGUUUUUGGAAAAAGCAGGUCUGUUUACAAAGUUUGUAGAUACUUUUUUUCUGUUUGUAGGCAAAAGAGCUUCCUGAUGUAUGAUGCAGAAAACUGGGACAGAAAAAAAUGAAUGAGAGGAUUAUUUCAGAUACUGCUGUAUUUUCAGGAAAAAGGGUGUUUCUAUUGAAACUUAACUAUUUUUGCCUGCAAGUUUUAUUUGUUAUAUAUUUGUAGAUAAAUAUAGAACCUUCUAGCCAAACCGAUAAACACUAAGGCUUGUAUAGAAAAGAGGUCCACUGGGCGAGGUGUUUUUCACAAGAGACGGGACGGGAAAGACAAUUAGGGCCUCUGUUCACGUUGCUAUAAAUAUUUACUUCUUCCAUUUCUUCGAUAGUUUUCAUGUGCACAAAACCUUCUGGAGUUCUGGAUUCUCUUUUCAUUCAGUAUGUUGUGUUCGAGGAUUUCCACAUGUUGAAAGGUUCACUCAUUAAAGGGAUUUUAGAAAAACCAUCUGGGCCCGUAUUUAGCAAGCAUCUCAGAAUCACGCCCUAGAAUCCUGCUGAGAGUUGGACUAGGAAACAAAGUCUUACCUCAGAGUCCGACACGAGGUCCUUAUGAAGCCUCCUAAGGUCACUUUCAGCAGGAAGUAAAAGUUUUCCUUUUAGCUUUUUGUGGUUUUACAAGCUCUUGUUGUUGUUAUUAGUUACAUUCAGAAGAGGCUAACGUAGAUGAAUAGCAGGAAAAAGAAAACCGCUUCACUUGUGGGUGUAUGUCGAGCUAAUUUAUGCACGUUAAGGCUAAAAAUUAGUUUUUGCCAAAACUCAAAAGCAUUAAAAUGACUUACAGUUCAUCAGCUUUUUUAAACAACCAGCUGACUUCAAACCAGUGCUGUAUUUCGAGCUAUUCAACCAGUGCGCCUAUUUAUUUUUUAAAUAAGAAGUUCAUAUAGACUAAACGUGAAUGUGCCUUGGCUACAAUAAUAAUUUAGAUGAUGCUUGGUCCCAUCAUUUGCCACCUUCAGGAAACUCCUCACAGAUUAAACUCUGUUACUCCUCCAGCUAAAAGUAGAACUAAAUAAGCCUCAUUCUUCAAAUUUUGGGAUUGUAAGGACUGACUUCUGUCUGGAUGCUUGAUAAAUAUGGAUCCUGGUCUUUUUUUUUUCUUUUUUUUUUUUUAAAUUGGUGCAUUUUUGUUUUUUUGUUUCUCUCAGCAAAACGUUAGCCCCCUGCCAAUGUACAAUACUGACAUUUGUUUACUCAGGCAUAGAAAAAGGUAUUUAAUUUAAAAGAAAUCUAUAAAGAAAAAACCUUUUAACUUCAGACUUUGUGUAUUUAGAUAGUAAAACAUUGUCUUGGUCAAAAGCAAGUGAAUUAUUUUCAUUAUUCAAAUGUAGUUUUACUCCUCCGAGUUCUGGUUUGUUGACCUUUUUAAAAAUCAAAAACCAUGGAAAUUUUUUUUUUUUUUUUUCUUCAGCCCUGUCCAUAAGACUCUUUCAUCUUGAUUAAAUGUUGCUGAAUUUGAUUUGUUUGUAAAAUAUUUUUGACACCUGAUGUACUGGAAACGCUAAAGAAUUGGACAUGUGCAUUUUUCAAGAAUAAAGACUAGGCAUACACUGGUAUCUAUCUGCACAGGGUACUUUAUUUCAUAGCGUUCCUUGGGGAAAAAUAAUUUUGAUACAAAUCAUGAUAAAAAAAAUGUACCUUUGUAUUUUUAUGAUAAUGAUGAUACCUUUCAUCGUACUAAACAAAUUUUGGAUGAUUUGACACCAAUCACGUUAUAUGGGGAGGGUUUUGGCCACUAAAAUGUGUGUUGUUCUGGAAUAUUCAUCUCAGGGUGCAAAUGGUGUGAAAGAGAACAGGCCUCUUUUAGUUUGUUACUUAAUUAAAUGUUUGGGACGGUGCUUGUCAACCACACAGGAUGUCUCCGGCAGCAGGCUGCAGAUUCUUCCUGCAGCCUUCUGGCGGCCUCCGCCUGAAGGGCCGUGGACAGGGGAAGGAGGUGAAAAUGUUAAAUCACAACGUUCUCUGAGGAAAUAAGUUUGUUUUCCUUGUUUUACAGAUGACAAAAUAGCAGCUAGGAUUGCAUAUAAAGUGAGAAAUUGAAAAGACAAGCGGAAUCCAUAUGAGGAGUUUGUUCUGUAGCUUCUUCCUGUAAUGGGAAUGAAUGUUUUUCCAUCUGUUUUAUGGAUUAUUAUUUUUUUAUCUUUUAACAUUUGGAAAUAAAAGUACUUCAUGUCUGUUUAUCUUGAGCAUUUUAAAUGGAUAUCGUGAUUGGAUUUACAUUUGAAACUUGUCGAGUAAUGUGUAUGGUUUUUAAAAAUAAAAAAUGUAUUUAGCCUAA